AUGCUUGAAUAUCAGGAGUCCGGAGUGAAAGCACCAUCAGGUCUUCGGAUUUCCUUUUCGAUUACUGACAUACUGGAUCCUAAAAAAUUCACAAGUAAAAAAACACAUGCCGUGUCGGAGAAAGAACGGACGUCAUCUUCAGGUAACACAGAAUUUGGAAGUUUGGAGGAACAGCGCAACGGGAAAGAAAGCACUGCGCACGAAGAAUCGCUUUCCAUCUGCAAAAAUAUAGGUGAUCAAUCAACUGAUGAACAUCAAAGUUGCGUCAGACUCCAUCCUCCUGAUCCAGAUGUUGACUUGGACUCAUCAACCUCGCUCAGAAAUGUAAGAUCGGGCUUUUCUUCUUGUGAAGAACCGGAGGCAGGUGAAGAGAGAAUCAGUCCAGCGCCGGAUGAUCUGUCGCGUCAGCGGCGGCGUCGGUCAGAUCACUGCUGCGCGAAGCCGCGGCGCACCAGAACUGCGUUCACAUACGAACAGCUGGUGGCUCUGGAGAACAAAUUCCGCGCUAUGCGUUAUUUAUCCGUAUGCGAGCGACUAAAUCUCGCACUGUCUCUGAGCCUGACCGAAACCCAAGUCAAGAUUUGGUUCCAGAACCGAAGAACCAAGUGGAAAAAGCAGAACCCUGGUGCUGAGAGUUCCCUGCAACCCGGCACGAACUCUCUACCCAACAUCAGCCCGACCUGUGGGUCCACAUCUGCCCUCCACCCUCCAUUCAGCACCGGGAACGUCAUCUUUCAUUCUGGCCCGGUGCACCUGGCAUGUUCCGGUGGGCUUUUGCAUCCGUUUUUGCCCAAUGGUUUUCUCCAGCCAGCAUUCUUCCCCCCACACUUAUGA